AUGCGCUGUAUUUUCUCUGAGGGCAGCGAUGCCUGGAAGGAUGUUGAGUCCAGGGUGAUCCCUAAGAACUCGAUGGAGGGUCACAUCAACAGUGUCCAUACUAAAGCAACCUGCCACCCGAAGUCUCACAUUGUGUUUCUCAAGACACACAAAACAGCAAGCAGCACCAUCUUAAACAUCUUGUAUCGCUAUGGUGAAAUUAACAACUUGACAUUUGCCCUCCCUCUGAACAAACACAGCCAGUUGUUUUACCCAUUUAUCUUUGCUUCACACUUUGUGGAAGGUGUCAGCAGCAGACGUGUGAGGGAGUUCCACAUCAUGUGCAACCACAUGAGGUUUAGAAAAUCUGAGGUGGCAAAAGUGAUGCCUGAGGAUACUUUCUACUUUUCCAUCCUGAGGCAUCCCGUGGCCAUGAUGGAGUCCAUAUUUAUGUACUACAAGAGCAUCCCAGCCUUCCACAAGACUCACAGCCUGAAUGAAUUCCUAGACAACAGCUGGAGAAACUACAACUCAUCAGUAAACAACAACCACUAUGCUCACAAUAUCCUGGCUUUUGACUUUGGCUUUGACAACAACGUUGCAGCUGAUGCUGGAGACCUGGAGCAUAGAAUUGGUAUGGCUAUUGCAGCCAUUGAACAGGACUUCCACCUUAUUCUUAUUUCUGAAUACUUUGAUGAGUCCAUGAUCUUACUCAAGCAUGCCCUCUGCUGGUCUGUAGAAGAUGUGGUUUACUUUAAGCUCAACAGUCGCAGUGAACUAACUCGUCACCCACUUUUACCAAACACUGCAGAGAAAAUCAAGAGGUGGAAUGCUUUAGACUGGAGGAUCUAUCUGCACUUCAACACCACCUUCUGGCACAAAGUGUAUAGUCUGGUUGGGCAAGAGCAGAUGAAGAAGGAAGUUUCCCAGUUAAGAGAGCUACAAGCCAAGCUGGCAAACACCUGCCUGAAAGAUGGCAGGGCAGUUGACCCUUCCCAGAUAAAAGAUGCUGGGCUGAAACCAUUCCAGUAUGGAGCAGCUGUCAUUCAGGGCUAUAACCUAAACCCACAUUUAGACAGACAUACCAAAACAAAAUGUCAGAGACUUAUAACUCCAGAACUGCAGUACACAGACCGUCUGUACACCCAGCAGUUCCCAGAGCUAGCUGCUAAGCAUAGACAAGCAAAUAGGAUUGCUCCACAGCAUCAACGCUCAGAUGGAGCCAGUAUGAUGGGAAUGGUCUUGGCCAGGGAAGCCCAUCAAAGACAGAUCAUAAGACGUAAAUUCUCAAAUCUCAAGAACCAAAAUGCCUCCAGAAGUGCUCUGUUAACACACACGGAAGCUAACAACAAAACAAAAAUGCCAUGAGUGGUAACUGACUAAUAGUCAAUAGAAGAUGUUAUGUUCAUUCUGUGAGAUAUUAAAGCAGUUGUUCCAUCUUAUUCUCACUUUCUGUAAUUAUAAUAAUAAUGAUAAUUUCACGCUAUCUUUUGAUCAUGAAUAUCUAGCAAAUGAAAGUGUUUUAUGAUCUGGUAGUCCUAUUUUCAGGAUGAUAUUGAUGAUUUGUGCCUUCCAGAAGAGGUAUGCACGUUACAAAAAUGUUUCAUAACUCUGAUCUAUCACCUCCGUGGUAAAAGUUGAUUGAGUUGGUUGAGUUUAGGCGACUAAUCUACAUGGUUAAUACUAAGGAACGAUAGUGAUCAUGGUUAAAAUAAAUCAAAGUUGGCUAGCUCUAAGAAAUGGGAUACAAGCAUUGAUAUCUCAUGACAAAGUGAGAGUCUUUGUCCUCCCAACCAUCCACUCCGAUGUCCUUUAAUGGUUAUGUGACUAUAACAGUCACAUUAUGUCCACCAUGGAUUCUCAGUCUUUAUUCACCCCAGGUUAGAUGACAAGCAGACAUACUGUAAAAUUUAAAUUAAUAGCUGAGUC